AUGGGGAAGUUGCGGACGAGGCUGUAUAAGACCGACCGUGCGCGCGAUUUCGAACAUGAGCAGGACCGCCAUGUUCGUAUGCGCCAGAUCUACGAAACAAUCGACAGACAAGGCUUCCAGUGGAUAGUCGUCCUGGUUGCGGGCGUCGGUUUCUUCCUCGAUGGAUAUACGCUCUUCGCCAGUAACAUGGCCCUGCCCAUGGUCAGCUACGUCUACUGGCCCGACGACACGACCUCGAAACGGCUCGCGUACAUCAACAUCGCCACCCUGACCGGCACCUUGCUCGGUCAGGUCCUCUUCGGCUACCUGGCGGACCGCAACGGCCGCAAGACGAUGUACGGUGUCGAGCUGAUCUUGCUGAUUGCGUCGACCUUGGGCGUGGUGAUGGCGUCGCGCGGCGAGCACGACAGCAUGAAUGUGUUUGGGUGGUUGGUUUGGUGGAGGAUCCUGGUGGGCAUUGGCGUUGGAGCGGAUUAUCCGCUCAGCGCGGUGAUUACAUCGGAGUUUGCUCCAGCGAAGCACCGUGCCCGGAUGAUGGCCACCGUCUUCUUCAUGCAGCCGCUCGGCCAGAUCGCCGGCAACAUCGUGACCCUGAUCGUCGUGGCCGUCAGCAAGGAGCAGGACCAUGCGGACCUCACGCGCACCUUCGACAUCAUGUGGCGCUGGGUGGUCGGCAUCGGGGUCAUCCCCGGGGUGAUCGCGACGCUGUUCCGGGUCGCCAUCCCGGAGACGCCGCGGUUCCUGCUCGAAAUCGAGGACGAUCCCAUCACGGCCGAGUUCGACGCCACCGCACUCUUCAACGAGCCGCCCACGCUGGACCCCGAGGACAGCUGGAGCCAGCUGCCCAUGCCCGCCAUGUCGAUCUCGACGCAGAUCACCGCCACCACCACGCACGCCGACCGGCCGUCCUCGCAGACCGAGAUCCUGCAGCCCGCCACGCUCAACUCGCACUGGCACCUCACCCGGAGGGACAUCGUGGAGUACUUCUGGACGGAGGGCAACUGGCGCACCCUCGUCGGCACCGCCCUCUCCUGGCUGCUGUUGGACUUUGGCUUCUACGGCAUCGGCCUGUCCAGCCCGCAGUUCCUCGCCAAAACCUGGGGCUCGCUGAGCAUCCACGGCCCCGCCCCCAUCUGGCAGACCAACGACGCCCCGGGCGCCAACGUCUAUCAGAUGUUCAUGGACAGCUCCAUCCACGCGCUCGUCAUCCUCAACAUCGGCAGCUUCGUCGGCGGCCUGCUGCUCAUCCUCUUUAUCAACAAGAUCGACCGCACCGCCCUGCAGAAAUGGGGCUUCCUCGUCCUCGCGGCGCUCUUCAUCGCCCUCGGCACCAUGUUCAUCACCGUGCACAAGGAGGGGCCCGUCGCCGUGAUCUUGUACAUCAUCGGCCAGGCCUUUUUCAACUUCGGCCCCAACGCAACCACCUACAUCAUCCCCGCCGAAGUCUUCCCCACCCGCUACCGCGCCACCUGUCACGGCAUCAGCGCCGCCGCCGGCAAGCUCGGCUCCAUCCUCGUGCAGGUCUUCUCCUCCUACUACAAGUUCGGCACCGGCCCCGGCGACGAGCCCACCAUCCGCCACGGCUGGAUCCUCAUCAUCUUCAGCGUGUGCAUGAUCCUCGGCGCCGCCAUCACCCACUUCUGGGUCCCGCCCGUACAGCGCGACGCCACCGGCCGCGGCCAGUUCUGGGGUGGGAAACCCCAGUCGCUGGAAACCUUGGCGUUAGGCCGGCAGGGGUGGAGAAGUCGGUAUGCCGUACAAGGGACGAGGGAGAGGGUGAAUGGCUUUCCGUAUGAGAUGAGAUAG